ACCCCACACACAAAUAAACAAAUAAACAAAAAAAAUGCUUUAAUCACUUAAUCUCUCUCUCUGUCUCUCUUACAAGUUCUAUUCAAUAUUUUCCCAAACUCUCACUCAAAAAAAUUGAGUUUUUUUUUUUUUUUUUUCAUUUCAUUUGGGUUCACAUUCUAUCCCUCGCUGUUUCUUUCUGACAGAAACCACCCAAUUACAAAAAAAAGAAAAAGAAAAAAAAACCGUUAUUUAUCUAUUUAAUUUAGCACAAAAAUUAUUUAAUUUUAUCUUUCAAAAAUUAUUUAUCUGUUUUUUUGACAUUUUUUAUUUAAUCAUUUUUGUGCUGCGUUUUUCACCCAUUUCUCCACUCAUCACCGUCUUAUACAUCGUGGGUUUCGUGUGUAGUGAAAAACUCAAAACCCCACUUUCAAAAACCGUUCUUUUUUCUCUCUAUAGAACAAAACCAAGAUAAAAUUUCAAUUUUUAUCAUUUUACCCAAUACCCAUUUGUUCAAUCUGCUUUAUUUUGAUCUGCAAUGGAGCAAAAUUUGAUCUUGAGAAUGGUGUUAAUGGUGGGUCUAAUGGGUUGUUUUUGUUGUUAUGUGGAAGGGCUUGGUGUUAACUGGGGAACACAAGCAACUCACAAAUUACCACCAGAAACUGUUGUUAAGAUGUUGAAGGAUAAUGGGAUUCAAAAAGUUAAGCUUUUUGAUGCUGAUGAUACAACAAUGAGUGCUUUGGCUGGUAGUGGAAUUGAAGUUAUGGUUGCAAUCCCUAAUAAUCAACUUGAAGUUAUGAAUGAUUAUAAGCGUGCUCAACAAUGGGUUAGGAAGAAUGUUACUCGUUAUAACUUUGAUGGAGGAGUUAAGAUCAAAUAUGUAGCAGUUGGGAAUGAGCCAUUUUUGACAUCCUACAACAAUUCAUUCUUGAACAUCACACUGCCUGCACUGCAGAACAUUCAAAAUGCCAUUAAUGAAGCUGGUCUUGGCGACACCGUAAAAGCAACGGUGCCCUUAAAUGCGGAUGUGUAUGAGUCUCCAAAAGAAAAUUCUCUUCCAUCUGCAGGAAUAUUUAGGCCGGAUAUCAAUGGUCUCAUGACUCAGAUGGUAGCAUUUCUCAACAAGAACGGUGCACCAUUUACCGUCAACAUUUACCCCUUCUUAAGUCUUUACGGAAAUGACAACUUUCCUUUCAAUUUUGCCUUCUUCGACGGAGUAGACAACCCGAUAAACGAUAACGGAAUCAUAUACACCAAUGUCUUUGACGCAAAUUUUGAUACAUUGGUUGCCGCUCUCAACUCAGUCGGUUUCGGCAACACACCAAUUUUGGUAGGAGAAGUAGGAUGGCCUACAGAAGGCGAUAAGAAUGCCAAUACCGGCAAUGCAUUAAGAUUCUACAAUGGCCUUCUUUCAAGGCUCGCAGCAAACAAAGGAACACCUCGUCGCCCUGGAUUCAUUGAAGUUUAUCUGUUCGGACUCAUAGACGAGGAUGCAAAGAGCAUCGCACCAGGGAACUUUGAGAGACACUGGGGAAUAUUUCGAUACGACGGUCAGCCAAAGUUUCCAAUGGAUCUUUCAGGUCAAGGUUCAAACAAACUUCUAAUAGGUGCACAAAAUGUGAAGUAUCUUGAUUCAACGUGGUGCAUGUUUAACCCUGAUGCUAAAGAUCUCAGCAAACUUGCCGAUAACAUAAACUUCGCUUGCACCUUUGGAGAUUGCACUGCACUUGGAUACGGAUCUUCUUGCAACAACCUUGAUGCUAAUGGAAAUGCUUCUUACGCAUUCAACAUGUACUACCAGACGCAGAAUCAGAAUCGUCAAGCAUGCAAUUUCGAAGGUUUAGCUAAGGUUACUACCGAUAACAUUUCAACACCUACUUGCAAUUUCCUCAUUCAGAUAGUUCCUUCUGCAGCAUCUUCUUUGAUGCCCUCAUUUGCUGUUUUGUUGUUUAUUGCUUUUUCAAUUAUUCUCUUGGCUUAGUAUUUUCUUGUACAUACAUUAGAGAGAUGGUGCUAUUUUUUAUUUAUGGUUUCAACAUUUAUUUGGCCGGAUUAUAUUUAGCUUAUUGACUCAUUAAAUAAAGAAUUUUUCAUA